AAGCAAGAUGUCUAUUCCGAUUGUUGGCGAUGAAAGAAAUGCUGGAGACCAAGCUAGCGGAUCGAGACCAACCGGUGGUGUGGUUUCGGUGGACGCGAGGGAAGUGCUUCGUGGAUCUGAGAAUUACAAUUCCUGGGCGUUCUCAACCAAGAUGGUGCUCAUCAAGGAGCGGACCUGGUGUGCCGUGAAGGACCGUAAUGAAGGAGAUCCGGAAGUAAGCGAUGAGGUGUCGGAACAAGCUCUGGCGACCAUUUGCCUGAACAUCGACCGGAGCAUCUACGGAUUAGUUCAAAAUGCGAAGACAGCGAAGAAAGCAUGGGACGCGUUACGGAACACAUUCGAGGAUAGCGUUUCUACUCGUAAGAUUGGACUUCUGCGAAGGUUGACGGGAAUUCGCUUGGUAGUAGCCGAGCGGGACGAUGAUGUCAUUUGCCAAUCUCCCCAGGAAUAUGUGAACGAGAUCAUGGUGACCUGUAACCAGCUGUCGAAGGUCGGUUUCAAGGUGGACGAUACCCGGAUGUGUAGUUUGCUACUCAAGGGUUUACCGAAGAAGUAUGAUCCAAUGAUCUUGGGCCUGGAAUCGUCUGGAGUGGCGCUGAACGCGGACCUGGUGAAAUCAAAGAUCAUGCAAGAAGUUAAGGUACUGACAGGUUCGAUACCGGUUGAAAGUGAGGGUGUGUUCUUCAGCAAGCAGAACGUAUCAAAGAAGCAGGUGGACAAGUCUGGCAAGCAAGUCGACAAGUCUACCGUGAAGUGUUUCCGUUGCAAGAAAAUCGGACACUUUGCAUCGGAAUGCCAGAAAGAGAAGCGUCCUGUCCCGAAAGGUAAUGCGGCUUUCUAUGCUGCUAAUGCUGUGCAGUCGAAUGAGAGGAAUGACACUGAUUGGUUUUUUUUUUCAAUAUAUAUAUUUUUAUCAAGGCUCAUAUGGCGUUAGCCUGACGGGGCCGGAGUUCAAUAUUUUGACAAUUUUUCUUAUUAUCAAUGUUAGUAAUAUUUAACCGAUUACUCGCGGUCGGCUCGAGGUUAGUAUUACAAGUGUUCUCGUAAUUGGGAUGUUGCUGUCUCCAAUGCUCUGUACGUGUGCCCGACACGGGAUACUUCCUAUUGGGAUGCAGCUGACCAUUAAUCAGCAACGCCCCCUAGUAUGUACCCCAUAUCUAGCGUGGUGCGUCUUCUCGACUCGAGGAAUCCAAGAUAGAAUGGUCACUAGCCGGCGCAAUCAUCAGCUCGUGUAGAGUUGUCAUGAGCGGUACAACCUUUGACUCUUGUUGAAUCAUCAGUGGACUGCACAACCUUUGGCCCGUGUAUCUGUAAAGAGUGUGUGUAUGUAUUGCCGAUUGGUUUUUUGAUUCUGGCGCAACCGUUCAUUUGUGUCGGAGCAAGGAAAUUCUGGAAAACCCACAGGAAGUAUCUACUAGGAUCAAUGUGGCCAAUAACGCUGCGGUGGAAGUCGUGGCCGAAAGGAUCGGUAAAGCUGGAAGCGAAUUGCGGUGAAAGGACAUGUGACCUCACAAUGAGCGACGUGCUGUGCGUUCCGGAUCUGGCGAUUAAUCUACUUUCGGUGAGCAAGGUAUGCAAGAAUGGAUUUCGAGUGUUGUUCACCAAGGAAGAGUGCCAAGUAGUCGAUCCGGACAAUGCGAUAGUUGCGAUUGGUCGUGAAGUUGAUGGCCUGUACAAGCUAUCCGAAGUGAAGAAGCCCGUGGUGAAUCUGGUCCAAGACGGUAGAUACGAGCUAUGGUACCGGCGAAUGGGACACCUCUCAGCCAGUGGAAUGAAGCGAUUGAAAAGUAUGGUGACUGGUUUGGAGUUCGAGGUGAAGGAUCCGGCGAAGUGCGUACCAUGUAUUGAAGCUAAACAUUGUCGUCAACCAUUUGAAGCAAAGGGACAUCGAGAGGAUCGCAUACUGGAACUGGUCCACUGGGAUUUGUGUGGUCCCUUGGAAUCAGAGUCGAUGGGAGGCAGUCGUUAUUUUCUGACCUUCAUUGACGACGCAAGUCGGAAAACUUUCGUGUAUUCGGAAAGCGACCGGAUGUAUCAAACCUGCGAAUAUUUGGAGCGGAGGUAAUGGUACACGUCCCUUAGGAAAAACGUAAGAAGUGGGAGAGGAAAUCCGAAGCGUGUAUUUUUGUUGGAUACAGUGAAGGUUCCAAGGCGUACAGGGUGUACAGCAAGAAAACGAAGAAGGUAUUGAUGAGCCGAGAUGUUAUCUUCGUGGAGGAAAUGGAAGUUAAGCGCACCGAAGCAAUUGGCGAAUCAUCGGAUAUCGCAGAAGGAAGCGAGGUUAUAAUUCAAAAUGAGCUGAUUGAAGUUGACGGUCAAACUGAGCCAACUGAAGGUAACGACGAGCGUUAAACUUACAAAAUAAAAAGAAAACUCAAAAAGUGUGUCAGAAAGACUUCCCAUCCUAAUGCAUGGGAAUCCAUGUUCAUUCACACUGCUGAGCCGCCGCUUAUGAAUUAAUUUGAAACUCCGAAUACAUCGUUCUUAUUCAACUUGACGAAACAGAACAUGCCCUGACUUCUCUCCGACGCGUACUACACAAGUACAUUACCAUUUUGUUGUUGACUGAUUAGUCGGACAUCGUCCCGUAGAUGAACAGCAUCGAGCCCGAAACCGGACGACUAAAAAGGUGAAUUUUACAUCCUUUUUACGUUCGGUAGAACAAUAAGUGUUGUGUCCUGUAGCGUUAUGCGUGUAACGUGUAUUCGUUAUUUAUCCUGCUUCUAAUCAUUGUCCCUGUUCUGUAACUACCCACCUUCUUCUGUGCAUACCUGGCGGUGGGUCUGAAGCUAUUCGAGCUAUUCCACAUUAUAUAUGGCACCGUCACAGUACUCGAAAUAUCCAAGCAACGGCAGUGUAUACUCUACUCUUCGCCGCUCCACCACCCUUCGGAAGAGGAACUGACAGACUUCUUCUCACUCCAAGGGCGACGAUUUAUCGUCGCUGGUGACUUCAACGCAAAACACACCUUUUGGUUAUCAAGGCUGAUUACCACUCGUGGUCGCGUUUUAUACAACGUUAUCACUGACUAUGGCUAUGACAUCGCAUCAUGCGGCAAACCGACACACUGGCCAGUGGAUCUCAUACGACUUUCAGACCUGCUAGAUUUCGCUGUCGCUUCUUCUGGACUUAUCAUCUGAUCACUCACCAAUACCCCUGGGAUGCUUCAUAGAAACGGAAGUGAAGCAGACGUCAUCCAAUCUCAAUAACUUUUCAACGAACUGUACAAAAUAUAUAUCUGUAUACAUAUAUCUCCUCUGACAUUCUCGAUCUACCUCUAGAUAACGAACAAUAUAUCGACCAACUCAGUGUACUCAUGAAGAAUGCUGCUCAGAUAGCUACCCCACUUAUGAAGACCCAGAAACACAAAAAAUUGUUUCUGCCUCCCACAUAAAAUAAGCAGUUGCAGAAAAGCGACGACUAAGACUAAUCUGGCGAAACAAACGAUCGCUAGAAUCUAAAAACCAAUUCAAUAUGGCACAACGUAAAUUAAGAAAGCUAUCACAAGACGAGAAAGAUGAAAAAUUCUAUAAUUACCUAACUGAAUUGUCGCCAAAUCAAGAUACUAAUUACUCACUAUGGGAAGCAACUAAGAAUCUAAAACGACCUCACUUACAGGUCCCGCCGUUUAGAAUGCCCUCUGGGAAUUGGGCCAGAAGUGACGAUGAAAAAGCAGUAACAUUUGCAAACCAUCUUCAAAAAGUUUUCACUUCGAAUCAAGAACCUAAUCAAAAAACGCUCGAAUUUUCUGGUGCCAAAACAAAAUGAAAGUCAUACAUCGGCUGGUGAGACAUGUUAUCAAAAAUCACAUCAAUGUGAAAAAGUCAACCGGUAUUGACCAAACAAUGGACAUAUGAUCAAGGGACUACCUGAUCUAGCAAUUAAACAUCUCGCGAGAAUUUUCAACGCAAUGGCCCAUAUAGGAUAUUUCCCACAAGCAUGGAAAUUUUCGACUAUCAUUAUGAUUCCUAAACUAGGGAAAAACGCCCAAAAAGAGGAAUCUUAUAGUCCUAUCAGCAUCCUUCCAAUCUUCUCAAAAGUGUUCGAAAAAAUUAUCCUAAUAAAAUCAAAUUCAAUUCGGAUUCCGAGCAAAACAUGAUACUAUUGAAUAAGUGCACCGAUUGGUAAAAGAAAUUCGUAAAGUAUUUAAAGGCCGCGGAUAUUGCUCAGCGCUUUUUCAUUCGAUAAAGUCCGGCACGAAGGACUGCUCUAUAAAAUUAAAAAUAUUCUACCACAAGUAUAUGAAAUUAUGCGUUCUUCUUCUUCUUCUUCUUAUAUGGCACUAACGUUCCUAGAGGAACUCCGCCGUCUCAACGUAGUAUUACUUGCGUCAUUUUCAUUAGUACUUAGUUGAGAUUUAUAUGCCAAAUAACACGCCUUGAAUGCAUUCUGAGUGGCAUGCUCUAGAAUACGCGUGACCACAGUGCAAGUCAGAGGAAAUUUCUUUGAAGAAAAAUUUCCCCGACCAGAACGGGAAUCGAACCCGAACCCCCGGCAUGUUAGGUUUGACGCUAACCACUCGGCCACGGGAGCACACAAUGCGUUCGCGUUCUUACCUACUGGGAAGAAAGUUUCAUGUUCGGUAUAACCAAACUCUAUCACCAAAGCGAGAAAUCUAUGCUGGCGUUCCACAGGGCAGUGUUCUUGGACCAAUAGAGAAUUGGUCCAGGAACACUUAUCUACACAACUGAUCUCCCGACUGCGCGGAACUUAAUGACUACAACAUUCGCAGAUGACACAGCUAUGCAUUCUCAGUAGUAAAAAACAGAACGAUUGCUCCACGGGAUCUCCAGGAACACAUACGUCAUACGUCGAGACUUAAGCCGGGUUCAGACGGUGCGAGUAAGCAUACGAGUCAGUCUAGUCAGUUACUGCAGUGCAGCUACUCACACCGUGAAAACACAUCAUGCCAGUUAGUGUCAUAUGUGAUCCGGCGUGCGAGCUACUUCAAUGUUUUUAGAAUUUACUCGCACUCGCAUCCCUCAAAACGUCAAAAACAGAAUUCAGCGUUUGAAUCAGGGAUGGCAAAUGUAAAGAAAUGUCUCUAUUUUUGAGAUAUUUGAAAAUAUGCGAAGAUAUUUAUAGACUUGAAAAUUAUUGGAAAAACAAAUGAAACCCUCAUAUUUUUCAAACGAAAUCGUUGUUAUUUUGUUAUUUUGCUACACAUGUGAAAUCUUAACUGUAAGAAUUGAUAACAAACGUAAUACUUUAUUAUGUUAGAGUUAAAUGCAUAACCGAAUAUUGUUAUUUCCACAUCAUGGAAGAUUCAGUAAAUUGUAUGAAAAAAACAUUACUAAAUUUUGAUGUUUCAAAUUUUUAUUUGUUUGUUUUGUAAGGACACGUAAUCAUCUUUUCUCACCAAUUCGGCCUUUUCGUGAAUUUCAAACUUGAAGCAUGAAAAAAUUGUUACGGGCUAUGUUUUUUGUACACAUCAAGAGAUCCUACGAGUAUUGGGUUUUUUGUUCCGUAUUUAAUGCGCUAAAUUUUUCUCCCAGCAUCUUCAUAGCAUCAGCGUGUGUUUCUACAAUGGGUCUGAUUUCCUUGUAAUUAUCUUUCACAAACAAAGCAAAGCCACGUGUAGGUUUCACGGGAACAGUUACUUUUUUACCUUCUUUAUUUUUUUUGUUCAGGAAUAGUUCAAUUUUCCCAUAGCAAUAGGCACACCGGAUGUUUUCAGUCUUUUUAGAACGUGAAUGGGUUUUGUAUCUAGAAAAAUAUAAAAUAUAAAAAAAUGCACGCUCCAAAAUGAAAUUUUAUCGACUCAACUCUUUUUUGCAGAGGACGCACUGAUAAGUGUACUUGUAUUCGAUUUCAUACCGAUGGCACACCGUAAUCGAAGGAAGCUCCGGAAAGAUAUUCAUUGCUUGCCUGGUCCAUUUUUUCCAGCAUUUACCAUGACCAUUUUCCAUGUGAAAAAUCCAUGCGGCUGCGUGACACAUUUCAUGGAUUAACGUACAACGCAAUCGGCCAGCCGUUGUUAGUAUCUUAUUGCUCAACUCAAUUCGACACGAUCGUUCGUUAUUUCUGUUUGAAAUGCGGGGAGUCAAUGAAAAUAAAUUCUUUUAUAUAGCUUUUUAGUGCAGUAAUUGUCAGGGAGUUUUCACAUAUGCUAACAGUUGCAUGUUGAUUUCUACUAUGAAGCAUACUAACUUUUUUAUAUUAAAACAUCUGCCGGCAGUAGUUGUCAAUUUUUUGUUCCAACUGAGAGGUAUUGUUAAUUGAUUUUGGAAUACUUUUUCGUUGUACAUAUUGUACAAUAUUUCUGAAAGUUCAUCCUUAUGCAAGUCAAAUUUUUUCCUAUAUUUUAAUGCGUCUUUACAACAAUUUUCUAAUGGUGUUUGAUCUGCAAAACAAAACUAUAUUCAAUAUUCUCUUACAAUUUACUGUUAGAAUAUUACCGUCUAAAGAUCCCAAGAAUGAUACAGAAAUAUCCUUUUCUCGUUUUUUGAGACGUUCCUUUGCAUAAUUCGUUUUACCUAAAAAGAAAAAUUAGGAAGAUGAAGAUGUUCAAUUACAUUAUACUGAAAGUAGAUAGAUAAUAAUCGACGUUCUUAAAGGUUUCUUCAGCAUGUUCAUGUUUGCGUAUACUACCGAAAGUUUAUGCUCAAAUAUCUCAUUAUAUAAUACGUACUGAAUAAAGCUAUAAAGUGAUGAGAAGGCUGGAGUGCGUCAUUUGUGGAGCGUGGAAACAGGCUUCGAAAUUGGAGUUUAUCCCUUAUCUUCAUAGAUGGAACUAUUGAUAUCGUGAAUUUGGCCACCCACCGCUGUGCUGUGUUGUACGUGUUAUCUGUAGUGAUGUUGUCGUCGAUCGGUAGAUUUUGGGAUCGAAAGUUUUUGUUUGGGCCAACCAUCAUAUCAUCUAUUAUUUGUAACACAUAUACAUGGAUAACUUGCGUUCUGUUGUCUUCUUAUCGUAAUAUCAAGUUUAGCUAGAACCCCUCCUGGGGUUCUGGUCUGGGCUUAUCAAAACAACCGUUCACGAUCACGAGUAGAUGACGAAUUGAGUGGAAGUGCUCUGUCGUUGUCUCCUGCUGUGCAACUGCUUAUGAAUCAAUUCACCGAAAUCAAAGGUACGUUUGAUGUACUGCGUAAUGACUUGCAUAGCAAAAAUGAUUCCGUGAAGUAUGAAAUGAACGGUAGGCUGGAUGCUGUAUCACAGGAAAUUCAUACGCUCAGUGUGAAUUUCAGGAGUGUGCUUCGAAAUUUAAUGACAACGACGUGGCUCUAAACUUGCUGAAUGAGCGGGUUGACAGGAUCAACAGGACAACCGUAACGAGUUGAUCAUCAGUUGUAGUCCGUUUAUCAAUGGUGAAGAUUUGGGUGCGUACUUCAGGGCUACUUGCAUGUAGGAUUCGGCGACUCUGAAGCUCCACUGAUCGACAUAAGGCGUAUGAAAUCCGGCACACCAAAGGAUGACGAUGAAAGUUUGGUCGUGGUGCAGUUUGGCUUGAAGAAUGUCCGAGACCGGUUUUACAGUGCCUACCUACGUGAUCGGAAUCUGAUAUCGAACCUCAUCGGAAUAAAUUCGGCGCGCCGAGCGAACGAAAAUUGGACGUAUUCAGCGCGCAAAGUUGAGCAAGCAACGCUACGUAAGAAGAAAGAGGGCAAGUUGACAUCGGUAUUUACCAAACUAGGAACUGUCUACCUGAAAACAACUGAAUGACCGAUCGCUGCAGUCCACACCGAACAACAUCUGAAUGAUUUUACAUAGUUCUGAAACUGAAUGAUUUUAGUAGUUCGCGCGGAUGAAUCAGUCUGAUGUCGCCGGAAAUUAUGUGUAUUCGCUCGAAGCUGCGCUGCCGGAAGAGGACGAGCUGAACGAAGCCCCUUUCGAGGACUAUUGGAACACCAUUAAAACAGCCAUCAACAGCGAAGCAGAGAACAUACUCGGGCACGUGGGACGUAUUCAGCGGAACGAGUGGUUUGACGAUGAAUGUAGGAGGGUGAUGGAUGAGGACAACGCUGCGCGGGCGGCUAAGUUACGCAAUGCCAAUCAGAACGUGGAAAAACAUCGACAGAAGAUGCAGCGUACCCAAAUC